AUGGAAAAAUUUGUGAAGGAAAGCACCUCUGACCACAAGUCCAUCAGGAGGAAGUGGUCAGCAAGUAGCGACCUCGAGACCCUUCGGGAAAAGGAGAGGGCAGAUCUUGUCGAGUGGUUCCCUGUGCAGACUGCCAAAGUCAUUCGGCAGAAUGCCUCCUCACCAGAGCUCUCCAACAAGCACCAGGACAUUGCUCAGCUGGUGGUGAGAACCUGUGAGAUCCUUCAUGCUGGGCUUAUCCUGCGUUUUUCCAACGCCGUCGCCAGUGGGAAAAUGGGCUCGAAAUUAACGCGAGGAGGAGGAAGAAGCGGUGCUGGCGGCGGUCUGGGUCCGCAGGACGAGCGCCCCAGGUCGGCAUCGCUGCAGGAAUUCCGCUCGGAGCUGCCUGCGGGCACAGGGCGGCGGGCGGAGCUGGCGGUCGCCUCGCUCAUCCUUAAACCCGAGAGGCUGCUCCCUCAGAAAGCGGCGCCGGCUCCGUACGUUCGCAGAGUCGGAUGGAUCAGGGAAAUCCAGGCGCUGCUCCGGGAACAGAGAGCCGAGCAGGCGGCCGGGCUGGUCAGAAUGCUCCGCAAGGAUCUGGGCCUGGAAGGUUCCUCGCUGAAUGAUGUUCUCUAUAAACACACAGCCUUCCCGAACCUGGUGGACCCUAUAUCCCACGACUUGCUAAUGAGCCUGGCCCGUGACAUCCAAUGCCCGAAGAAGGAACUGGAGCCCCUGAAAUCCUCUGAGAAGCUUUGUCGACAGCUCAUCUACCAUCUGACCCCACACUCUAAGUGGCACAGGCAGACUGUGCCCAGGCAGAAGUCACAAGCCUGUGUAAAAGCUGCAUUGCAGAAAAAUCCCACCAAUGACUCCCUGGAUCUAUCGGGAAUGCCGCUCUCUCCCAGGGACAUUCACCGUGUGGCAUACUACUUGCAGCUGAACAGAGACCAUUUGACAUCCAUCGAUUUGAGCUUUACUGAGUUGGCAGACGAUGGCCUACGGCUUCUGUUGCCCUUGCUGGCAGCACUUCCGAAACUAACCAACCUGGCGCUGAAUGGGAACCGACUGACCCGGCUCGUUGUCAAUGAAAUGACCGAGAUGAUGAAGAAGCCAAACAAGUAUCCGGCACUGUCCUGGAUUGACCUGGGGAACAACGCAGACAUCUGCUCCAUGCCCCAGCCUCUCUUGGUGGGGCUACGUCGGCGCUGCAGCCUGCAGGGGGCACUGCCCACCAUCCAGGAGUACAUAGAAGGACAGCCCAGUGACCAAGAGAUGGCGCCAGAGGAUGCGAUCACCCACUCGGAGGAGGAUGAAGAUGGUCACUGGCCCACAGUGCAGAGGGAAACUGGUCCACAGGGCUACUGCCAGAGGUGA